AUGAAGGUCUCUCCUAGGGAGCUCCGAGUGCUUCUGCUUCAUGAAUUUCGUUUGGGUCGCAAAGCAACUGAAGCAACAAGCAACAUAUACGGCACGACGGGCAAGGAUGUACCCUCCAUCCGUACAGCGCAACGUUGGUUCAACCGAUUCAAGAACGGUAACUUCGAACUCGACGAUUUACCUCGUCCCGGAAGACCACUAGAGACACCAUGUUAUCCGGACUCAGCUACGCAGGAUGGAAAAGGUGGUCAUAUUCAAAUGAACGGCAGUCCAGCGGCACUAACUGGUGCUGGUACUUGUAAUAAUCCUGGGGAAUGGAAAGGACCUCGUACUUGGGGUAAUCCCUUUCCAACGUACUAUACUGUGAAAUACUGUCCAGGCGAUAACAGCUGGAGAAUAACGUACAGCCUGUAUUUCAAGCAUGACGCUACUCAUAUGAGUGACUGGGAAUGGGUAUCAGUAGUUUGGUGGCAAGAUAGCGGUACAGACAACUGGUAUCGUGGAUAUCUUUUGCAAUCAUAUCACAAGGGGCAAAAAGCUGAGCGCUGGGGAGACAUUCAAAAUACCUUUGCCGGACGGAAUAACCUUGAUGAUAACAACAAGAACGAAGAUCAUCCGAAAGUUUUCGUUGGCGCUUUCAAGCAUGCAAUGUUCACUACAAAAAAGACAAGCGUGAAUGUUCUUGGAGCACCUGCUGAUGAGUUCCGUUCGGAUGAUUGGAGACUAUUUCCUUGGGAUGAUGUUAUGCAGGACGGGCUUGAUAUUCCAGGUAAAUAUCUGGAUAAGCAUAUCCGUUCGCAUUUAGAUACAGUGACAUUAAUUUUUAUUGCAGCCCAUUGGAACUGGGGUGUAGCAUGGUCUUCUCCUGCAAAUAUCUAUGGUGAUAUCUGCCAUCGAUGGAAUUAA